AGCUAUUAUAGAAUAAUAUAUUUGAGGAGGUUUUCUUUUUAUUAUAUUUAAAUUAAAAUAUUUUUGCUUCUUGUGCUGAACCUGUCCCAAGCAUCUCUUCCACAUACCUCGAAUCAUAUUGGCCAAGGCACUGGGAUUUGUUUGGCAUGCCUCAUUCCCUAAUACAAUAAUAUUUUCCUCUCACUGUGAAAAGAGAGAAUCUUAAAUUCUUCUCUGGUUUUUAUUUCAUCUUAUUCUAUGUUCGCAGUGUAUAUACUUAAUUCGUUCGGAAUGCCAAGCUAAGACUAAGAGGGUGUGUGUUAGCUUGUUUCCUCAAAGCUAGCUGUGGUUGGAGAGGAGUGGGUGCAAGCACAUAAAUAGUCGUGUUGCUCUCCCCCCCUGAAGGAGUUUGAAUUUCUUUUCCUUCUUUCUUUCUUUCUUCCUUCUUCUUCCUCCUCGGAAUACCAAGGUGUUCGAUCUCUACUUAUCAGCUCAUCACCAGACUCCACAGGUACAGGAAGAGGCAAUAAGGCGAUAUGUUUUGACAUCUUAUAAAUAUUCAAGAUGCAAAUCUGAAGAAUAGAACCCGAUCCGAAAUCUGAACAGAAACAUCUCCGAGUUGUUAAUUUUGAUUUUUCUUGUGAAGAUCACCAUCAGAGAAAGAAAGGAGGAAGAACAAAAAGGCAAACUGCAGCUCAGAUGGAGAGAAUUCUGAAGCCUUAUGAUAAGGAAUCCAUGAAAAUGGCCAUGCUAAAGCAUGAAAAGACAUUCAAAGAGCAGCUAUAUGAACUUCAUCGUCUAUACCAAAUUCAGAAGAUGCUAAUGAACAACAUGAAAGGCAGUACUGGACCAGAUAGGUGUGUUCCAAAUGGAUGGAACUUAGAGAAGGAUAUCAGUUUCAGCCAGGCUAAUUGUACUUACAGAGAACAGCAGAAGCCACGAAGGAGACUUGACCUGGAACAGCCAGCCGAAGACUGCAAUGCGGACGAAGGUGGAGAUGGAGUGCUGGAGAUAGAGGACGAGAGCGAUAUUGAGCUAACACUGGGGCCCGCAAUUUACAGACGAAGAAAAAAAGAUGAAACACCACUAACUUCAGAUUCUGGACCAAGUUUUUCUUCGUCGUCCACUGAAUCUGGCCAUAUGAAGACAAAUACCGGGGCCCAUAACAGGAUUGAUACAAGGGAAGAGUUAGGAGGCCAUAACUGGGGGCUCAUUCAGGUUCCUGACAUGCAAUCGGGUUUCCAGAGUGAAAGGAAGAACACUUUUGAUGUUGAAGAACAAUUGAGACAAGAGACACUAAACCGGCCUCCUUGGCUUUACCAUGUUUUCAGUCUGAACCUGACUUAGACUAGCUUCCGAACUUUUAAACUGCUUCUGAUCUGAUUGACUAAUCCUUGAUGGCUGUUUGUGUUAACUUUUUCUCUUAGUUUUCAGUAUAGUGGAUGAUGAAGUUUAUAAAGAACUAAACAAGCAGGAUAUAGUUACAGAUAUAUUCCAAUUAGAUUCAGUUCUGGAAAUCCCAAAUA